AUGGCCUGUACAUUUCCCUUUCAAAAAGUUCAUCAACAAACUCGUCGUCCUGUUACCAAGAACAACAAAAUGGCACGGGUUGUGCGGAUCCCCGUCCGGGACUCGCCUGAUGAGCCUGAUCGGAUAAAGGCGGCGACGCGCCUUUGUAUUGAAACAUGGAAUUUGAGCCAGCAAUGGUCGGAAAAGGCCACCAAAACUGAAGAACUGCUUGGCAGCAUCGUGAACAAGCGCCUCGAAUUAAUGUAUAACUUGGAUGAGGAAGACGAGCAGAAGAAACUAGGCCACGACCGAGUCACUACGCUAAAUCGAGCCAUUAUGGAAGACAGCUUCACCUUGGAAGCGGCGCUCGAUGAAAUGGAACGUUUGGCCAACAAGUUUUCCCAAGUCGAAACCAGGAUCGCAUCGCUGAAGGAGCUGAACAAGGCAUCACCUGGAGCUCUUCACAUGGUUCAAGAGCUUGGCGAAAUUGCGAGCCCGAUCAAGAAGAUGUUACUUGCAGAGACUGGUGCUCGCCGAAAAAUAUUUGAAGAAAUCGGCUCCCAUGAAAGCAGGCCGCUGUUCGAGCAGUCGUUGAUACUAUAUAAGAACUCUCCAUUCGUCAAUACCUCGCUGCUGAAUCGACUUUACGCGCUCGUUGCGGAUGGCGAGCGAGAGUCGUUCAUCGAAUUCAACCUCGUCGAUGAAGACAUGCCGCUGCUUGAGGAUCUCGUCGGCAUUUUGAAAAGCGAGCGCGCCCCGCUGCACUGUUGGGUCGACGCAGCGAUUGGGUACUACGUGCAGAGGAGGAACGAAGAGUUCAUUAAACUCUUGGAAACAGCUGGAGGGGACGCUUUCCUGGAAUAUCCUGGCAUAGAAAAAGAUCAGAUGAGAGCAUUGGACACACUAGCAGCGUUUUACGUUAGCGAGGGUCACCGGGAGCGCACCAACAAAGAUCGACGGAAGGAAUGCUUCCAAAAGGCCACUCUUCUCUACACGACUGCUGAUAAAAUAUCAAUGUAUGAGCAAGAGCAUCUUUUGGGUCGCGCCUACUUUUGUUUGAUUGAAGGCAACAAGAUCGACCAGGCCGAUCAGCAGUUCAAUUUUGUCUUGAAUACGUCACCGAACAACAUCCCGGCGACGCUGGGCAAGGCGUGCAUCUUUUACCAGCGCCGUGAUUACAAACAAGCGCUUGCCCAUUACAAGAAGGCGCUGAAGCAGAAGCCCGAUUGCCCGGCUGACGUGCGUCUCGGAAUUGGACAUUGUUACGCUAAAUUGGGCAAAACUGAAAGAGCAAGGGCGGCGUUUGAGCGUUGCUUGGAAUUGGACAAAGGAAAUGUCGCCGCAAUGGCCGCCCUGGGAGUUUUGGAAAGGAAUAGUGGAGACGAAGCUUCCGGCGUGCAACGUUUCGCGAUUGCCUAUCAGACCGAGAAGACGAACCCGAUUGUACUCAACCAGUUGGCCGGCUAUUUUUUCGUUCAAAAGGACUAUGAUCGUGUCAAGGAGUUGGCUCUACAUGCCUACGGCUUCGCCGACACCGACGAGGUUCGCGCGGACAGCUCCUAUCAGCUGGCGCGUUGCCAUCAUGUUGAGCGGGAUUACGAGAAUGCCUUCAAGAACUAUUACCACGCCACUGUCCAUUGCCAAAAUCACGCUUUGGCCCAGCAUGGACUCGGACAAAUGUACAUCCAGCGUUCGGAGUAUGAUAAUGCCAUUGGAUGUUUCGAAAAGGUCUACAAACUCAUGCCGGGCUGUUCAGGCUCUCUGAAGAUCCUGGCUGCGUUGUAUACGUAUUCUGAGACCCCAGUCAAGGACAAGACUGAUCGGAAGCAAAAGGCUCGGGAAUUGCUCAUCAAGUAUCUCGCGAUCUCUCCUGAUGAUGUUGAAGCUCUUAUGGACUAUGCGCAGCUCACGGAAUAUGUGGAGCCGAAUAAAUCCCUGGAAUCAUAUCAAAAGGCUGCCAAGCUUCUUCUGGCUGACGGGAUCGAGGUGCCUGCCGAAAUGCUGAACAACAUGGGCUCGCUUUACAUGAAUCAGAACAAGUUCAACGAAGCCCGCAGCCACUACGAAGAGGCCAUCAAGAAAUUUGAGAGCGAAACUGAUCUGCCCGACAAUGACUUUCUGGUCACAAUUCGCUACAAUUUGGGUCGAUGUCUCGAGCACCUUUGCCUUUUUGAAGACGCGGAGAACAUCUACAAAAGCAUCAUUGCUGUCCAUAAGGAUUAUAUUGAUUGCUAUAUGCGUCUCGGCUGCAUGAUGCGCGACCGUGGACACCAACGUGAUCCCCUUGAUUUCUUCACGGAAGCGCUGAGGAUGGACCGCACCAACCCCGAUAUUAUGACGAUGAUCGGCAACUGGCACAUGUCCCAAAAAGCCUGGGGCGUCGCCCAAAAGCGCUACGAGUCCAUCAUCAAGCUGAUGCGAGAAGAUAGCUUCUCGAAUGUCGGUCUUGGCAAUAUCUGGCUCGAGACGCUAUCCGCCCCGAAUCGCCAUAAGGAAAAGGACAUUGUCCAUGCCGACCGUGCCCUCAACAAUUAUGCGAAGGCGUUGAAAUUACAACCCCGAAAUGUCUGGGCGGCACAUGGCAGUGCGUGCAUCCUGGCGAUUCGCGGAAAUAUCCCUGAAGCCAGGAACUUGUUCUCCCAGGUUCGAGAGGCCACCGCUGAAUUCUUCGACGUCUGGGUGAACAUUGCGCAUAUCUAUGUAGAGCAGAACCAGUUUGUGAACGCCAUCCAGAUGUACUCUGCUGCCAUGAAGCGCUUCAACCGUGAGCACGAUGUGACGAUGAUCAUGUACCUCGCUCGCGCCUACCUAAAGGCAGAUAUGCUGAACGAGUGCCGCGAUACGUUGGAACGGGCCCUCAUCGAGCAACCAAACAAUGUGUUGGCCAAGUUCGCUUACGGCUACACCCUUCGGAAGCUCGCCACCUAUGUGUUGAAGGAUGAGAAAUCCUCGCUCGACCUUGUCAAUGGCGCCGUUGAAGACUUGAAGACUGCUGAAAGAAUCCUGUCGUGGCUUUCACGAAACCGUGAUGAGGGCUACAGCCAAAUCCGAAACAUAUCAAGGACUCAAUGUGGCGAGCAGGCAAGAUGUUGCGCGGAUGUGAUCAAGCAGGCAGGCCAGUACAUUGCCAGAGCCGAGCGGCAGGACGAAAGCGAACGCCAUCUUCGCAAGAAACAAGAAGCUGAACGCGAGGCUCUUCGGCAACGUAUCCUGGUCGAACGCGCUGCCCGCGAGGAAGAAGAGGCCCAAAAGAAGGAGGAAAUGGUCCAACAGCGUAGGAUGUACAUGCAGAUGACCAAGGACCUGCUGAAGAUGCCUGAGGUAGCGUCUGAGGAAAGGCGGGGCCGCUCGGCGGGUGGCGGCGGAGGAGGUGGACGGGGCCGAAGAAGGAAGGGCGAAGACGGAGAGGAAUUUGUCAACGACUCCUCGGAUAUGGGCUACUCCGAUGCUGGAGCUGGUGGAGCGGAUUCUGCACCAAGGAGCGAGAAGAGAAAGAAGACAAAAUCUGGCAGGAAGCGCUCCAAGAAAGAAAGUGGCGAGGAGUCAGACGACACGGACGAGCGCGAAGAGAGGCGUCGCCGCAAGAAGGAAAAGGCCACAGCGAAGGCGGAGGAACGUCUUUCGGCAAAGCAACAAUCAAAGAUAAAAUCCCGCGCCUUCCUCUCGUCGGAAUCUGAGUCUUCCGGUGAGGACCACACUCAGAAGAAGCCCGCGGCCACCGCAAGCGAUGAGGGAACUCCGCCUCCACCGGCAUUUGACGAUUCUGACAGCGCGGACAGCAACCAAAGCGCUGGAGCUAGCAAGUCCAAGAAGCGGCGAGCCGUUGUCAGCGAUUCAAGCGAAGCCGAAAAAUCCGAGGCCUCUGAGCCGGAAAUCGAGAGCAGCAGCCGGCGCAAGAUUCGGCCAGCCUCCAGCUCGGGCGAAAGCAGCGAUGGAGGCGGUGGUGGUGGCAAGCCCGACUCGCCGAUCCGAAGCCCCGACUCUGAUUCUUCU